AUGACCAUUUUUGCUUACAAAAAGAGAGUAAAUACUAAAGCUGGUGUAGUUAAUCUGCCUGCUAAUGGAAAUAAAUCUAAAGAUAAAAUUGAGCGUAAAUUGAUGUUUUUUGCACUGUUUACUUCGUUUGGUCAAAUGUUUAUAGCAAUUAUUGUUGUAGGUUUUUCUCGCUUAUUAUUGUUUAGAAUAGAUAAUUAA